CGUGCGUGCAUGCAGACGUGCGCGCGUGCGUACGUGCGUGCAUAUGUGAUAUUGAUGAAUGAAUCCUGUUGCGCAGUCCGGCGACUUUAUCUUACAGUAGUCAAUAAGUAUUCCUUCCAUGAACAUUAUCGUCGGUUCUGUCGAACGAGCAUAUUUUGCAUAAAGUAUUCGCGAUUCGCGAAUACGCUGUCGUCGCUGUCGCAGUUUCAGUCGCGUUCGAAGCAUGAUCGGUCAGAUUUAAUCGUAUCGUACAAUAGUGAUCGGAGUUUAGCUGUGAACACAUUUCUUGCAUGGUGAGAUGCACUGAAACGUUUUGUGGCAAUAGUGUCUUUGGAAAGUCGCAGUUUUCAAGCGAAGAAGAUCUCUUCGGUCAUACGAGAUCGAUGAGAUUGAGGCAAAACUAUUGAAAUGGUUAGGAUUUAAGGGGGCAGGCGUGGUAUAGAGUUGGAUAGAGUCGUAGAGUGUACCUAAUUUUGAUAAAAUGUGGCAUUGAAAACAAGUGAGUGUGUGGGGAUGAAUUGCACGGGGAGUGCAAAGUAAAAGGUGGAGGAGGUAGCGGAAGAGGUGGUGGAUGAGGCGGUGGAGUGGGCGGAAGGAAGGGAGGAAGCUGGGGCGCUGUGUCGGUGUUGAUACUCGUCUAAAAAAGCAGACAGAAUCGCGCGAUCGAAUGUCUUUUCGACGUGAUGAAAAUGGUGAAGUGUGGGAGAGAGUGGGCUUUGAGUGAAGGCUUCGAUACUUCGAAUCAUGACAGAGACGUCGGACGAUGGUAACUAUCUGGUAAGGGUCCAUGCCCAGGUAAUGACAAGAGAUGAUAGUUCUGGUGGUUGGGUUCCUUUGAGUGGAGGUGGAUUGGCAAAUGUUUCAGUCAGACGUAGAGUCAUUCCCUCAGGAAUACAUCAAAUAAACAAUACCAAUGGAAUCACUAUUCCUACUACGACCAAUCCUACGCAUUCUGUUUCCAAUACAGCAGUUGGUCUUCAAAACCAUGGAUCUUCUAAUAUGUCACCACCUGGCACGAAUAAAAAAAAACAUGAAUAUCUUAUUUAUGGAAAACGCAUCACCGACCAAUCGGUUGUUCUUAGUUGUACAAUUAAAAAAGAUUUCGAAUAUAAUAAGGUAAUGCCAACUUUUCAUCACUGGCGGACAGGGGAAAAAAAGUUUGGUUUAACAUUUCAAACAGCUGCUGAUGCAAGAGCAUUUGACAAAGGCGUUCGAACAGCAGUUGAAGAACUAUUGGAAGGUCUGUCUGAUUUGACGUUAACUACUGAUGUUCCAGACGCUGGGGAUGAAGAUGUUUUCAUGACUCUGAAUUUACCAGUAGAACCACCUGAGCCACGUUCAUCUUCGGAUACACCUCUUGGAAUUCGAGUGUCCAGUUAUUCUCAAUAUUCGGAGCUUCCUGACUCGCACCGAUCUAUCCAUUACAUUAGUAGUUCUUCCAUUAAAGCCCCAUCGUCACAACAUCCUCUGGCUUCUACCACAGAUAUUGGAUCAGAUAAUUAUCCUUAUGUGCAGCUUACAACACUUAAUCAUGAAUAUCUAUAUCCUAUCAUCGAUGAUCACAAGGGUGAAAGAUUAGAUGGACACAAUACUUCCAAUAGUGGAAGCUCUCUAAAGAAGCCAGAUACAAUAAUAUCACAACCUUCGAAAAAUACUGUGAGACGUAAUGUGCAAACGUUACGUUGUAAACAUUGUCAAGAACUGUAUUCAGAGCAACAUAAUCCAAAAGGUUCCUGCGAAUAUGCCCCUGAUCCAAUUAGACGUGGAAUUGAAACAAUUUCUUGUUUGUCAUGUGCCCAAUGUAUGUUAUAUCACUGCAUGAGUGACGCCGAAGGUGAUUUUGCACAAAAUCCUUGUAGUUGUAGUGCAGAAGAAGGAUGCGGACGCAGAUGGCUUGGUUUGGCCUUGUUGUCAUUGAUCGUUCCUUGCUUGUGGAUAUAUCCUCCACUUAAAGCUGUACAUUGGUGCGGAAUGUUCUGUGGAAUAUGCGGCGGGCGUCACCAUCCUAUGGAAUAACUGGAAGAACCCUUUGAUGUCUCUGCUCCAUAUUCGAUUGGUUCAAGCAACUUUUCUGCGUCGUAUGGUGCAGUCGCCAAUGAAUAUUAUGAUUUGAGUAUGGAUCGCUGUCAGAGGUAUCAAAGGGGUAGACAGUUUCCAGUGCACGCACUUAUUCAUCAGAGUCAUCUUUAAGAAAAAAAUUGAUCAGUUAGAUAAGACCCAAUUUAGUAUACAGGAUGUCAUAAUCUCAAUAUUCCAUACAUUUUAUAUAUUUUAUUAGAGCAAAGUGCAUUAUUUAAUCUCACAUGUACAUUGGACAAUUUGGAUGAAAUCAACUAGUAUUUACACAGUUUGAAUAAUUGAUCUGUGGAAAUCACAGCAAAUGGACUCAGACCAACUAUUUGUGAUAUGUGGUGCACAUUGUGAGUGUAGCUUUUGUGAGUAAACACGAAAGAAAUUUUUUAAUUCUCAGUUUGAGUGAUGUUUGCUUUAUGAUAUCCAACGAUACGCGUCCAAUGGAAAAAUAAAUAAGGUGACUUAGAAUAUGUCUUGAUGGGAUUAUCAAUAUGGAAAAUGUAAAGAUAUAUCGUGAUUAUUAGAUCUGAUUUAAAUUGCCGAAUCAAUA